UCACAGAAAGCUCCAUGCAGUAAAUAGUCGUCGGAGCAUUGCUCCGUUGGAGGUACGCUAGCCUUAAUUAUUUCGUUCUUUACUCAUGUUCCGACGGCUUUACCAGAACUUCUAAAUCAACAUUAUCGAUUUUAAAAAGUCAUGGCGACUUUAGGGAAUAUGCAAAGGAAUCGGAAAGGAAUACGAUUUGUACGUGACAUUCCGCCCAUUGCGUACCAGAAGUUGUGUAGGCUGCUAGAUGUCGUGGAGUCGAGUGAGAUGAACUGGAAAAGGCUGGCUGCUAUUCUUGGCUUUCAUAAUGAUGAAAUUGAUGGAUUAACGUUGGAAUCUUAUCGUCCUAAUGGCAGCCCAACACAUAUGAUGUUACGUACUUGGGACUACAUGAACCACACAAUCCUUGAACUCUACAACAGUCUUUAUGAAAUGAAGCAUGGCAGAGCUAUGAGUAUUAUCAUGGAUUAUGUUGAUGAGAAGGAGCAUUAUAAGAUUGAGUUGUGUCGUGGGAUUGUGCCAAAACCUUGCGAAAAAUAUCCACAAGAUAGGCAAAGCAUACAUUUUCUCCCAGAUAUGGAUCCAUCACAACUGCCAGGCCCUCCAUUGCCUCAGAUGCCAAAUGCAAAUCCGUACCCUAAUCAUGGUUACUAUGACCCCAAUCCUCAUAGGCCAGUGGAACACGCAUGGAAUGGCACACGUUAUGCUCAGACUGGUGGGGAAAUUCCUGCCCCCAAUGGCAUGUACUACUCAAAACCUGCUGAUGCACAUUGCAUGUAUCCAAACAUGGAUACUCAGUGUAACAAGGAUUUAAUGUCCCCAGAAUUUGAUUCCCGCUUCAACCGCCAUGUCACCUCAUCUGACAACCAGAGUACUUCGUCAACACCUACAACAUUGAAAGCAUUAAAUUAUCUGAAUAGUUUCCGAUAUGAUAAAAUCGCUUAUGCAACGGAAAACUUCAGCGACAAGUAUAAGCGUGGAGAAGGUGCUUUUGGCACCGUUUACUAUGCCACGAUAGAUUUAUCUGAUUUUGCCGUCAAGAAAAUGAAGAAAUCUGAAAUGGGAUAUGAUGCAGAGAAGUUUGCAAGUGCAGAUCAAUUGAAAGAAAUACCAGCUUUGGUCAGGUAUAGACACCAAAACAUUGUUCCACUGCUAGGCUACUCAAUAGAUGGACCAUCACUCUGUCUCCUCUAUGAGUACUGUGAACAUGGGUCCUUGGAAGAUAACCUCCAGGGCAGGGAUGGACGUAAGCCUCUUGAUUGGGCUACAAGGCAUAGCAUUGUGCUAGGAGCAGCUAUUGGACUCAACUUUCUGCACUCUGCUCAACCUCAAAAACCACUCAUUCAUGGAGACAUCAAAAGUGCAAAUAUUUUGCUUGGUAAAGACUUUGUCCCAAAGAUUGGAGACUUCGGUUUAGCUCGCCAUGGCCCAACUGGUGGAAAGCUGUACACUAUAAUGAAAACGUCAGAGGCCCACGGUACGCUGCCAUAUUUGCCUGCUGAAUACAGACGCAAUCGCAAGCUAUCUACUAAAGUUGAUGUAUAUAGUUUUGGCGUGGUUCUUUUGGAAGUGUUAACAGGACAGAGAGCAUUCGAUGACAAGAGAGAGCCACGUGGACACCAGCUUUUGACUGAGCUUGUUUACUAUACAAAGGAUCACAACACCGCAUUAGAAGACAUAAUUGAGAAGUUGAGAGACCCAAAGUGUGCAAAUUGGCCGUGGGAUCUAGCGGGAGAUCUCCUAGAAAUCGCCUUUAGAUGCAUCGCUGACAAAUUUCAGAAACGUCCAGAGAUGAUUAAAGUUGCAGAUGACUUGUAUAAUUUGAAUGAGAAGUGUAGACGUAGGAUGGCACUGAAACCUACAGAAGGACAAAAUGGUUUGUUUGGAGCCCAAAUGAUGCAAUCACCAAUGAAUAGUAUUUGUGGGAGUGUUUGCACUAUCAAGCCGGCCUUGACUCAAAAUGAGGUGACAGGCUCCACAAACGGUCAAGUGCAGGAGAGCGUAAACGAGAUGAAAACCGAGUGCAAUGAGUCUCUCUCGGAGUCACAGAAAUUACGAGGGAAACUGGAAGGUCUCCACAUUGGAAUGCAUAAUAACUCUCAGAUGUUCACAAAUUCCGGCAACAGAGUUGACACACACGAAAUAAGCAUGUGGCAUAAAUACGGCCCGUGCGAAUCCAGCGACAGCAGUCUAAACACAUCCAAGAUGUACUCCAACGGAUACUCCACAGAGGCAACUCCCAAUUCUUCCGUUAGAACACCAUCAUCUGUGCCCACCAGUCAUUUAUACGACUCCUCUAUGCCAACGACUGGCAGCAGCUUUGACCAGGCCCAAAGCAUUGACAAAAAUGUCCGUACACAGAACAAUCAGAAUCCAUGUCAUAGAGUUCCGCAUCAAGGUGGUUGUUCUCCUGUUGGAAUGCUUCAGUCUGGCGAUCAGAAUUUUCAGCGUCCGCAAUUUCCUCUUGCACAAGAGAACUACAAAAGUGCUGAGGUACAGUACACAAACCACAAUAAACCACAAUCUGAUCUAUCUUCAAAUCCCAGCUGUCAAAACGAUGCUCUCUAUCAGGAACCAAAUUGUUUGAAGACGCCGGAGUCCUGCCACUCCGUCAAUCCUUUUGCAACUCCAGAAAUUGAUGGUAAUUUAAUUCCAGAUCCUUCUCUUGUGGCCUCACCACAAUUUCUUUCUCAUCAUUUUGCAUCACCGCCACCAGGAAAUUUUUACUUACAAAAUGUCCAACUGUCAAUGAAUACAUCGCAAAAUGAGAAGAUAAACUGUGCUGGAGCAGACUUCACCAGCAAGUCUGUUGUUCUUCCAACUUCCUCUGGAGGUGAUGAGCAGCAACCUGAUUCUGUACCAGACUCAAGGGAUGCCUAAUCAUGUUAACAAAUUUCUUUCUCAUCAUUUUGUUUCAUCAAUGGAGAACACAUACGAAACUUCCAGCAGUUGAUGAAUAUAUUGCAAAAUAAAAGGAUGGAGCAGCAAAAAUGAUGUAGGCAACGUGAUUCUAUAAAAGAUUCAAGGAAUGCUAUGCAGAUUCCUUUAUAGUUAUAAGCAGGCAUUUAAUAAUAAGAAAGAGUAAUUUGUAAAUAAAAGAUAAUUUAAUUGACAAGUAAAAGGUUUUACCUUUUCAAAAGCAAGAUCCAAUCUAUUUCUGUAUAAUUCUAUAGUUAAUUAUUAUUAAUUAUUCUAGCCAAUUAGUAACAUAACAUUUUGAUAUGCAGUAGCCCGAAUUAUCCAAUUUCAUAUCAUAAUUUAUUUAUGAAAAUAUGGACCAGAUCUGAUUAUAACAGUUGAAAAUAUUGUCAAUUACUAUAAAUAUCAUCUAAUUACAAUAGAAAGAGGUUAUUUCAGGACUGAUGGGAUCAUUCACUAAAAUGUAUUUCAUAAAUGGGUGUACACAUAUCUUUGGGAAAGUGUUAAACAGCGGUAAGGUGUCGGGCUUCCAACUGACAGGUUGCAAGUUCGAUUGUAAUGCUAAGCACACUGUUAUUUCUGGCGAGACUAUCUAUAUGUUCAUUUCUUUCCACCAGGUUACAUAUUUUUAAAGCUUGCUUUCCAUACAAUUGCUACACUCUAUUGCUGACAGCUUUCGAUGCUGAUUGGUCGGUCAAAUCGGGGAGCUUCUCAAUUGCAUCGAGGACGGCUACGCAGUUACUGCCGUGAUUCGGAAGAACGCAUUAUAAGCCAAAAUCAUAAUUUUAAGAUAUUGAACAAAACGCGUUUCUUGUUAGCCUUUUGUUAUGGAAAUGAAUUAUAUUGAAUUUUUUGUGUAAAUGUACUAACUACUAACAGAAAAACAUACUGAAAUACUUUUUUUUAUAUUUUUUUUUCUAUAACCCAAUCAAAAUGGACAUAAUGCGCUUUUCCAAAUUAAAACAAAAGCCAAUGAAGCAUGAAAAAUCUGAUGUUAGGCAUUAUAUCCAGUUUUGCCAGCAGAAUGCAUGCAUUAUUCUUUACUUAAGGACCAAUGAAAAAUAACAAAUUAUAGUGAAUUUUUACUAGGACUUUAGAGGUUUAAAUUCAAUUAUGUUUAAAUAACUUAAAACAAAACAAAAUUGAAAGUUUCUUAAAGGUU